GCCGGUUUCUGUGUUGUCAGCAGCGCUCAGGAGACGAAGAUUUGUCGCUCUUCAGCGUUUCUGUUUAUUUUUAUACCGAUUUGAUUACAUGUUUCUGGGCUUCGGACCGCCGUUCGGAGUUCUACCUGAGUCGGAUCUGUGACCUAGAUGAGGUUAUUUUCGUGCUGCUGCCUCCUUCGUCUUCUCUCCCUGCUCGACAACGUGGAUUCCCAGCGGCUUCCAUAAAAAAACCCUCCACGUUUGGAUUUGGAAGUAAUUGCAAAGGGAUUUCUUCGAGUCACGGAUUAAAAAGAGAAGAAGACGAAAGAAAGACAUGCUGCUCUCCAAAUUGAACACGUUCGCCCACAUUUCUGCCGUGGAUAUGCCCGCGAAGAUCCAGCUUCAAGUCCAUCAAGUGAAGGAGAAGGAGCCGUUUGAGAAGGUUUACCAGGUCGGCUCCGUGUUGGGAAGCGGAGGCUUCGGCACUGUGUACGCUGGAUUACGGAUAGCUGAUGGCGCGCCGGUUGCUAUCAAGCAUGUGGCGAGGGACCGUGUGACUGAAUGGGGCGAAUUGCCCGGUGGAGCCCGCGUCCCUAUGGAGAUCGUCCUCCUGAAGAAGGUGGGCACCGGCUUCCGUGGCGUGAUAAAGAUGUUGGACUGGUACGAGCGGCCGGACAGCUUCAUCAUCGUGAUGGAAAGGCCGGAGAACGCCAAAGACCUCUUCGACUUCAUCACGGAGAAAGGCGCUCUGCCCGAGGAGCUCGCUCGGAGCUUUUUCCGCCAGGUGCUGGAGGCGGUGCGGCACUGCCACAGCAGCGGCGUCGUGCACCGAGACAUCAAGGACGAAAACAUCCUGAUUGACCUGCGGACCGGAGAGCUCAAGCUCAUCGACUUCGGCUCCGGCGCGCUUCUCAAGGACACCGUAUACACCGACUUCGACGGUACACGUGUGUACAGUCCUCCGGAAUGGAUCAAAUACCACCGGUACCAUGGGAGGUCUGCCACUGUGUGGUCUCUUGGAAUCCUGCUGUACGAUAUGGUUUGCGGAGACAUCCCCUUUGAGCAAGACGAGGAGAUUGUCCGUGGCCAAGUGCUCUUCAGGCGUAGAAUCUCAACAGAAUGCCAGCAGCUUAUCAAAAGUUGUCUCUCCCCGCGGCCUGCCGACCGGCCGUCUUUCGAAGACAUAAUCAACCACCCUUGGAUGCAGAGCAACACACCCCCUACAGAUGGUGCAGAGAUCCGGCUGCACAGUCUGAGCCACGAGUCUGCUGCCUUCACCCCAGUCGCAGUGUGCAAAUGACUCUCGCUGCCCUAAAUACACCCUACAGAGAACACACUACAUCAGCCAACCUGGCGGCUGCCGUCUGGACUGAGCAGUGCAGGAAACAAACAUUUUUUUUGUUUUGUUAAAAUGUGAAAUGUUUUGUUUUUAAGCAAAGGCAGCUGCUAAUGGGUGGUGCGGGCAAGAAUGGGCCAUGAGCUCAUAUCUCGGAGAAGGGAAUUCCCACUCCAGAGAGUUUUUGCCUCCUGGUGAAGGUCAGGCUCAGGACCCCAGUCUGACUGUGCAGGAACUGAAUGACUCUGCUGGUCUCCAAGUCAGGCGCAGAAAUGCAUGUGCUGGCCAAGGGGGUGACCUCUGCAAACUUGAAGCGGUUCGUGUGAUGAAGAGAAAAGGCAUGCCUGUGAACAGACUGAAAGAGAGUAGCUUCUGUCCUCUGGCACCUGUGGAGGCGGUCAGGGAGGAGCUAUUGUUUAGUGCCUUCUGUGUGAGUUUUGGAAAUAAUACUUGAAUUGAGUAAUAGCCACUGUACCACUCUGCUCCUUAACCAGAUGUCAUUUCUAUUGCUUCCAUCUCACCUGCGUGCAGCAGCUUUUUCGGCCCAGCACUGCAGGGAGUAACCAAAACAACCUCAGAAAACCUGUGCAGAACGACGGUCUUACCUCUUUCUUUCUCUCUCAUACUGACUCCUUAACCCUCACAGCUACCGCUCAUUGUCACAGAUGCACACGGCAAUGCAAUUACAACACGAAAUAACUACUUUUCUUUUUUCUCUCCUCGGGUUGUGAAUAUUGUAAAUGUCUUAUGACUCUAAAUUCCAAGACAAGGCCUAUGUAAAUACUAUUUAUUCGAAUGUCUUGAAACAAGAACUAAGUGGAAUUAUUUAUUUAUUUAUAGAGAAACAAUUUUGUUCAGCAUUCUCAUUCCACACUGAAGGGCCCACAACCUAUUUAAAUAUAUUUUUAUCAUAUUUAAGGUCAUUUUGAGCAGAUGUGUACAUAUGUAAAUAACCUUUAUAAAGCACUUCCAUUUUCCAACGCAUGGAGUACUGAAAAGUCUACUGAACUUUUUUUUUUUUUUUUUUUAAAAUGACAAGUUAAGCUGUCUGCUGUGCAUUGUUAGAGGAAUGUCAUUGUGUUACCAACAAACGUGUACAUUAUCUCGAGUUUCACCUCUAGUUGCAUGACUGCAGCUUGAAUUGUUUUAUUUUAUGAUUUAGCAAUUGUAAAUUAUGUUUAGGAAGUUAUUUUUUUACAGUUUCAAUAAAUAUUUUUUUAAAUGUUAAA